UAACGCGCCUCGGUCCUUAUCUACGCAUACUCGACGCUUGCGUGUACUCCGACAUACCGAUAUGCGAUGAAAACUACCCUUGCUCGAAAUUUCGUCGCGAAGGUACGGCUAUGUUUGUGCCAUCCGCCACUAACCUUGUCGUCACUCUCACUCCCACUCCCGCUCCCGGUAGCCCGCAUCGCCCGGUGCCGCUGGCCGCUGAUCCGCUGAUCUGCGAUAUGCAGUCUGCCUGCCUUCCAUUCCUGCCUAUCUAUUCCAGGACGAGGUACAUGAUCUCCGCGCUCCGAAUGCUCCUGGUGGUGCCCAGAACUUUUCCCAUGUACCUGGAUGCCUGGAUGCGGACGUCCGCAAUGUCUGGAUUCUCUGGACGCGUAUCGAUCGGCAAGUUUGCGCAUCUUACGGCUUUGCCCUCAUCCUCUCGCAAUGCAUCAUUGUCAUGCGCGCGCACACGCAACUCCGGCCAUGCGGCCAUCCGGCAACACCAGCCGUGUAGGCCGUUUUGGUGGCCCCAAGGCCCGCAGGCAAACCCAGCUCAUUGCUGACGCAGACGUUGAGCCGGCUGAGCAAGAGUACUAGAUGCAUGGCUGACGAUGUAGUUCCUGACUACUACUCCAGACGCCAGGCCAGUGGCCAGGCGAGCCGCGGCAUCUGACCGAACUCCCGGCGCAUGGUGGCAUUGUGCGAAGUUGCGUUGUGCAGAUUGUAGCCUGCAGCUUGUCCCCUGCAGCCGGUACCUCCGCCGAGGCCGUAUGCAAUGCGCAGCAGUGCUUACUCACUCC